CCCCCCUUCUUCACGCUUCAACUCUGUUCUUCCUCGUCGCGCCUCUCGAUUUCUCCUUCCUGCCCAAUCCCUCGACCUUCUCCUCAUUUUAUAUCAAAUUCCGUCUAGCGAUCCCUCUUCUUGCCCUCACGUCUCGUCAAAAUCGCAUCUUACGCCGGCCUCCGCCGCCCGAUCAGUGCCGCCUCUCCACUGCCUCUACGUGAUUCGUCGAUAUCAUGAGUAUUUACUCUCCUUGAUGAACCCACGAAACUAGGAUCUUGCAUGCAAUGGACUACCAGGAGGGCUGCUCGUAAGCUGGCACUGUGAGCGUGACCGAUGGAAGACGCAGGUGUGGCGGCGCUGGGGGCGUCGAAGGUGGUUAAGGUGAGGCGGGAGGUUCUGGCCGCGUGCAUGAAGUGUCCUAUCUGUCAAAAGCUCCUCAGGGACGCCACCACCAUCCCCGAGUGCCUCCAUACUUUUUGCAGGAAAUGUAUUACAGAGAAACUCAAUGAUGAGGAGAUAGAUUAUUGCCCUGUAUGUAAUAUUAGUUUGGGAGCUGUUCCAAUGGAGAAGCUCAGAGCUGACAACAAUUUACAAGACAUCAGGGAAACAAUUUUUCCUUCUAAAAGAAGAAAGGCUGAACUUCCUGAGAAAGCACCAACCACAGUGUCUCCAGUUAAAAUUAAAGAAAGAUCACUUUCUUCAUUGGUUGUCAAUACUCCUAAUGUAGCAACACAGAUGAGUUCAACAGGAAGGCAAAUUAAAGCAGUCACUAGAAGAACAGUCAUUGUUCAUGAUCGGAGUUCAUGGGCUGAUGAAUCUAGCAAUAAAGACAAUUAUUUCGAUAAGCAUGUUCAAAAGCCAAGCUCAAAUGUGAGAAUGAGCAACGAAACUGAUAGAUCGAGCAAAGUUUCUCAAAAUAGAAAACAGCCUCAUCCUAGCUUGGAGUCAUCCAACCACACACUUUAUGAGGGAAAAGACAGAAGUGGUGGGUUUAAAGAAAAUGUUGAUAUCUGGAACUCCUUGAAUUGUCUGGUGGAAGCUGCAAACAGGACAGAAUCAUUUAGAUCUGUUCCCGAGAGCCCUGACGCUGAAACUGAAGGACUUAGUAAGAAGGAAAGGGUUAAAGUGCAUCCACACAAGUUUAAAGUUACUGAACAGACAGAUAAUAGUUCAAUGCCACAAGUAAUACCAAAAGAAAGUAGGUUGCAAAGAGUCAAGAGAAGAAGGAAAGAGCCUACUGCAUCUGCUCAAACAUCCUUUGAUUCUGGAAGUUCUCCAUGUGUUGGGAGGAAUCCAAUAUGGUUCUCCUUGGUUCCUUCUGUCGAACAGUUACAUAUCUUCUCUUGUGCAAGUCACAUUAUCUCCUAUUAUCAUGAAUGCUUAUUAUUUCUGAUACCUAUACCUGGUGUGAAUUGUUACAGGACCGAAGAUUCACAAUUUCAGCAGCUAUCUUCAAACUAUAUAAAGAUCAAGGAUGGUAGCAUGCCUGUGUCCUUCAUCCACAAAUACCUUGUAAAGAAGCUUAAUCUUGAGAAUGAAGCUGUGCUGGAAAUCACUUGCCUCGGAGAACCAGUGAGCCCCGCAAUGUCCAUGAACAAGCUUGUGGAACAAUGGCUAAGAGAGAGAUCUUUGCAAAGGCUUCAGGCGACAGUCGAAGCCUCAGCUAAGGAGUUUGUAAUGGUAUUAGCCUAUGGCCGUCGCAAGGUUUCAGAAAAUGAAUGAAUUGACAAUUGCAUCGCCAAUGAAAGCUCACAAUCGAAGAAUACAUUUCCAUGUCGAAACCUCGGGCACUCAAAGGGAGUCCAAGUUAGCACAUCUCAAUAUGUCAUCAUUUUCUCAAUUUUCUGCUUUCACAUUCAAUGUCGUCUCUAUGUAUGCAAUUUAAGGAUUAUGAGAUGUCUAUUUUGAUAAGAACACAAUAAUUUACACCAAAUAACUAAAAAGAAAAGCUUUUCAUUACAGGCCACAACUUAUUGUAAAUCUC